AUGGGGACGAGACGAAACGUCAGAGAAGUGGCGAAAAAGAUCACACAAAGGUACCUCUCAUCGGUCAACGUCGCUCACUUCAUUUGCAGUACCAUUCUGUUAAAUUAUCUGGUGGCACACUUCGCAGUUACCGGGUUAGGGUUUUCUCCCAGGGGGGGAAAGCAUCCGCUACUAGGGGGGGCAAAAUGGAUGAGCCCUUCCCUCGAAGAAGAGCCCUACACACACACAGUCUGCUUAACCUACGUCCUUUUAUCUGUCCUUUACUAUGUUACCAAGCUUGUAGCCAUAUGUGCGGAGACGACGCGGAAGAAAGGUCCCCAGGUGGAGGGACGAACGAAUGGAUCAACCAAACGUGAGAAUGUCCCUCUCGCAACACGAUGGAGGAGACAAUUGUGGGUUACAAGCAUCCAUCUGAUUAGUUACGUCCUCCUCACCGUGUUGGGUAUGCACAGGGGGAGGAGAGGAAAACCUUCUCUCUUCCCAUUCAUCCUGGCAGUGUGUGAAAUGGGCACUCCUCUUAUCUCCCUAAUUAACAUCCUAGGGGCAGUAAAAAGGGUGGACCUACUCCUCUUCUUAUGCUAUUUCGCUGUUGAAAGACUUUGGAAAAAAAACCUCCAUCGUCCCGGUGGUGGACACGCGUUGCACACCCAAACGGGAGAGCAUAAAAGGAGAAAUGCUUUUCGUGUCAGUUUAAAGAAGGAGUGGUUCUUCCCUAGUUGUAUUAACUUAUGGGUGGACUGGUUGGAGCGGCGUCUAAGUCCCUUUCGUUGGUGCGAUGUCGGGAAGGGAGAGGAAUCCACCCCAGGGGGGGUACGCCCCAAUAGGAUGAACUCCCCCGAAGGAGCUCGCCAAGGGGGUAUGUCACCCCCACGGAAUGCAACCUCCCAAGUAGGAACUAACUGCGUAAAAAGGCACAAAGGCAAAGCGGCGGGGACGAACUCGGAUGAAGAAGACAAUACCAGUGGUGGAAACAACAAAGGGGUGCGUCCCCACCUCGAAACGAAGUCUUCUAAUGCACAACUGGGGGGGAAGACUCGAAGCGAAGAGAAUGGUGAUUCUUCUAAUCCAGGGGAGAAGCAUCAUAUGAAAAAGGGGGUGCACGAACAUUCGGGUAGUCAUGCACAUGAGGAGAGUUCAGGUAGUCAGGGGGAGCUAUGCGAGCGGGUCAGGACAAAUGCUCACAAGUACAAACAUUUUUACCACCAAUAUUGUAGGGGCGGUGGAGGAGACGGGGACGAACUGGAGGAGGAGAGCAGCUCAAGGGAAGGUUCCUUCUUGAAGUGUCCCACGCUGAGGGAGCGCAGAAAAUUCAAUGUCAUCCAGGGUGGUGAGGUAGCCUCCCCUGAAAGACACAACGGAAGUGGAAAAAAGGGAUUCAAUUUGGGGAGCCCCAAAAUAAGGAACCUGAAUGAUAAGCGGAGUUAUACCUCGUUGUACUUCCCCUCCGUUAUCGAAACGGACACUGAAGGGGGGAGCAUCAGCGGGGACAGCAUCAGCGAACGCAGCAACAAUGCUCGAAUUAGAAAUGGUGAAGGGGAUGAGCACAUUGGGGGCCCUUCUCUAUACAAGCAGAAGGAAAAACCUCACUCACAGGCAAACACUCACAACGAAUUACAUCACCAUAUCGGUACAUAUGAAAGGGACAAAUUAGAAGGCGUCGAAGGGGUGGGCACCUGUUUAAACGAAAAGGGGGACGACGGUUUUUCAGUUGGGCACCUCCUAAAUGAUGUGAAUCGAAGGGAGGAAGGUACCAACACGUCCAUACUCUUCAACGGAACAUACCUCCAAAGGGGAACAGAAAAGAAGAGGAAGAGGAAGAGAAAAAAACGCCACUGUGUUUAUCUCCCCCCCGAUGGGAUGAAGUGCUCACAGUCGAAUCAGGGAGAAGACAAAGCAGUGAGUUCCAACCGAGUGAAUUCACUUGAAAAGCACAUCAGAACGUCCCUGUCCAACUUCAAAAGGAAGAAAGAAAUUCUUACCUUCAUAAACGAUACUUAUAAAACUAUUUUUGUGACGAGCAUUUUGUCGAUGCUGCUCACCAAGGGCAUUCUUAUAUGUACCUUUCUGUACUUCCUGCAGAGUGUGCCAGUCGCUUCGGGGAGGCCGUUCCCCUCUGGUGUGUUUCCCAUGUUGCAGGAACUGGAGGACUCAUUCGCACAGUUAAUAAUUUCCUCUGCGAGACACUCAGAAAUGGAUUUAAUAUUUCUAAAGGCGGCGUUUCUGGCACCAGUACAGAUGAGCAUUUACAUACACCUGGAUGGGGUUUUCUCCUGUCAUGAGGACCAUUUUUUAAAAAGCUUAAUAUCGGCUGUUGUCGACUCCAUUUUGUGCUUCCGAUGGUGGGGUAUACUACGAUACAAGCAAUUUUUCCUCAUGAAGUCGUACGUAUGA